AUGUCGACAGCAAUACCUUCACCUAUACCACCGCAACCUCCGCAACAACAUUACGUUACACCGCCUCUCACGGUGAUUCUCACCGUAAUCCUCCUCGUAUUCUUCUUCAUCGGUUUCUUCACUCUCUAUUUUUGCAAGUGUUUCCUCGACACAAUGAUGCAAGCUUGGCGUCUCCACCACGGCGGAGACACCGGAUCCGCCGAGAAUCCCUUACAGCCAUCGGAAGCUCCACCCGUAAAUCCCGGCCUCGACCUCCGGAUCAUAAAUUCGUUUCCCACUUUUCCUUACUCCUCCGUUAAAGAUCUCCGGGAAGAAAAAUACGGCCUCGAAUGCGCCAUUUGUCUUCUUGAAUUCGACGGAGAUCACGUGCUCCGUCUCUUGACCACGUGUUACCAUGUUUUUCACCAAGAGUGCAUCGAUCUUUGGUUCGAAUCUCACAGAACUUGCCCUGUUUGUCGCCGGGAGCUUGAUCCUCCUCCGCCACCGGAGAACACCAAGCCUACCGUGGAUGAGAUGAUCAUAGAUGUGAUUCAAGAAAGAAGCGACGACGAAGAAGACUACCAUCGUCGUCGUCAUCAUCAGACAACAACACUGAUUGAUACUUGGCCGUCUUCAGGACAGAGCAGUAACAUAAAAAAGGAACAGAGUUUGCCGGAGAAAUUCUCUAGGUCGCAUUCAACGGGACACUCGAUAGUGAGGAACAAACCGGAGGAAGAAGAUAAGUAUACAUUGAGAUUACCAGAACAUGUGAAGAUUAAGGUCACGAGAGGACAUAGCCAGACAGAGAGUUGUGUAACGUUCGCUGAACUUGUUAAAAACAGAGGAUAUGAUCAUCGCCGGUUUGGUGAAGUCUCCGGUCAAACUCAAUCCGAAAACUGA